AUGGCUGUUUCGCGCUCGCUUUCUCUCUUGCUGCUGGCCGUCCUCGGCCUGGCCCAGCUGUGUCGUGCAAAGACUGUCACCUACGACUUCAACGUCACUUGGGUGACUGCCAACCCCGAUGGACUGGCUGAGCGCAAAGUCGUUGGUAUUAAUGGCCAAUGGCCGCUGCCCGUGAUCGAAGUCGACAAGGGAGACCAGCUGGUCGUCAACAUGCACAAUGCGCUUGACCGCAGCGCCACCAUUCACUUCCAUGGCAUGUUUCAAAAUGGCACCAAUGGCAUGGAUGGUGCUGCAAUGGUCACCCAGUGUCCGGUGCCGCCUGGCUCUGACUUCACCUACAACUUCACGGUCAAUCAGAACGGGACGUACUGGUACCACUGCCAUACCGACUUCUGCUACCCGGACGGAUACCGGCAGGCCCUGAUUGUGCAUGACGCCGAGUCCCCCUUUGUCAAUGACUAUGACGAGGAGAUGACCCUUACCAUGAGCGAUUGGUAUCAUGAGAUGACCGAGGAUAUCUCACCUCAGUUCCUCUCGGUCUACAAUCCCACUGGGGCUGAGCCAAUCCCCAAUGCCUUCCUGUUCAACGACACUCUGAACUCCAGCUUGCCCGUGAAACCAAACACGACAUACCUGCUGCGUCUGAUUAAUAUCGGCGCCUUUGUAGCCCAGUAUUUCUAUAUUGAGGAUCACACCUUCCGCAUUGUCGAGAUCGACGGUGUCUAUACCGAGCCUGUCGAGGCUGACACCCUCUAUAUCGCUGUCGCGCAACGGUACUCGAUUCUGGUGACAACCAAAAACACAACCGACAAAAACUACCCAAUUGUCACCGUGGCCGAUUCGGUCCUGCUGGACACCAUCACACCUGACCUGAAACUGAACCAGACCAACUGGCUUGAAUACAAUGCCGAUGUAGACCAUCCACAAGCCCAAAUGACUGUUGAUGUCGCCUCUGAUCUUGUACCUUUUGACGACAUCACUCUUGUGCCUACAGAUGGCAUGCCUCUGUUACCCGAGCCCGACUUAGAUAUCCAAGUCACCGUCCAGAUGUUGAACCUAGACAAUGGGGACGGCUAUGCAUUCCUCGACAACAUCUCCUUCACUUCUCCCAAGGUGCCUUCUCUCUAUACCGUCUUUUCAGUUGGCGAUCUGGCUACCAACCAAGCCGUAUAUGGUGAAUUCACUCAUCCCAUGAUUCUUGAACACAAUCAAGUAGUACAGAUUGUACUCAACAACAACGACACCGGCUCUCAUCCAUUUCACCUUCACGGACACAACUUCCAGCUUGUUGACCGCCAGCCUCCAUAUGGGGAGCAUUUUUACGACUAUGCGGAUGGUGACCCUGUCCCAUAUGAUCCAAAUAACCAUACCGCCUUCCCGGCCACACCGGCUCGCCGAGAUACCUUUGUUGCUCCUCCACAGGGCUAUUUUGUCAUCCGCUUCGUGGCCGAUAACCCAGGCGUAUGGAUCUUUCACUGCCACAUUGAUUGGCAUUUAUCACAAGGACUGGCUAUGAUCAUGGUCGAAGCACCGACUAAAAUCCAAGGCGCCAACCAAGAGGCCGUCCCUCAGCAGCAUUACGAUGUAUGCGCGGCCGCUGGCAUUCCUUAUCAGGGUAAUGCUGCAGCCAACACGGAAGACUACCUUGACUUGAGCGGACAAAACGAGCAGCCUGGCUGGUUGCCGGCUGGCUUCACGUCCAGGGGCAUUGUUGCAAUGGUUUUCUCAUGCAUCAGUGCGGUUCUUGGAAUGGCCUUUAUCGUGGUUUACGGUCUUUCUGAUAUGAAGUUCAAACCCACCACGAACGACUCGCAGGCUACAGGGUCAUCCGCACCUGCUGCAACAGAAAGUUCUAGCGAGACCGCCCAGGCUUAUAGGGACUAG